CCGGAAGGAGACGUGGCGGCGGUUGGGCCCGGGGCUGCCUGGACGCUUGGUAGUCCCGCCGCCGCCUCCUCCUCCUCCCCCUUCUCUCUUCUGUGGGCCGAGGAGGUUGUGGCGGCGGCUGGAGAACUCGGCGACGGAGGAUGGAGGAAGGAGGCGGCGGCGCGCGGAGUCUGGUCCCAGGCGGGCCGGUGUUAUUGGUCCUCUGCGGUCUUCUGGAGGCGUCCGGAGGCGGCCGAGCGCUACCCCAGCUCAGCGAUGACAUACCUUUCCGAGUCAACUGGCCCGGCACCGAGUUCUCUCUGCCUACAACUGGAGUUUUGUAUAAAGAAGAUAAUUAUGUCAUCAUGACAACUACACAUAAAGAAAAAUAUAAAUGCAUUCUUCCCCUUGUGGCAAGUGGGGACGAGGAAGAAGAAAAGGAUUAUAAAGGCCCAAAUCCAAGAGAGCUGUUGGAGCCCCUAUUUAAACAAAGCAGUUGCUCCUACAGAAUUGAGUCUUAUUGGACUUAUGAAGUAUGUCAUGGAAAACACAUUCGGCAGUACCAUGAAGAGAAAGAAAGUGGUCAGAAAGUAAAUAUUCACGAGUACUACCUUGGAAAUAUGUUGGCUAAGAACCUUCUAUCUGAAAAAGAACAGGAAAAAGAAGAAGAGGAAAAAUCGAAAGAGAUUCCCACUAAAAAUAUCGAAGGUCAGAUGACACCCUACUACCCAGUGGGAAUGGGAAAUGGUACACCUUGUAGUUUGAAACAGAACCGGCCCAGAUCAAGUACUGUGAUGUACAUUUGUCAUCCUGAAUCUAAGCAUGAAAUUCUUUCAGUAGCUGAAGUUACAACUUGUGAAUAUGAAGUUGUCAUUUUGACACCACUCUUGUGCAAUCAUCCUAAAUAUAGAUUCAGAGCAUCGCCUGUGAAUGACAUAUUUUGCCAGUCACUACCAGGAUCGCCAUUUAAACCCCUCACCCUGAGACAGUUGGAACAACAGGAAGAAAUACUAAGGGUGCCUUUUAGGAGAAACAAAGAGGAAGAUUUGCAAUCAACUAAGGAAGAGAGAUUUCCAGCAAUCCACAAACCCAUUGCUGUUGGUUCUCAGCCAAUGCUCACUGUCGGAACAACCCACAUAUCCAAAUUGACAGAUGACCAACUCAUAAAAGAGUUCCUUAGUGGUUCCUACUGCUUUCACGGGGGUGUUGGUUGGUGGAAAUAUGAAUUCUGCUAUGGCAAACACGUACAUCAAUACCAUGAGGACAAGGAUAGUGGGAAAACCUCUGUGGUUGUGGGGACAUGGAACCAAGAAGAACAUAUUGAAUGGGCUAAGAAGAACACCGCCAGAGCCUAUCACCUUCAAGACGAUGGUACCCAGACAGUUAGGAUGGUGUCACAUUUUUAUGGAAAUGGAGAUAUUUGUGAUAUUACUGACAAACCAAGACAGGUGACUGUAAAACUAAAGUGUAAAGAAUCAGAUUCUCCUCAUGCUGUCACUGUAUAUAUGCUAGAGCCUCACUCUUGUCAGUAUAUCCUUGGGGUUGAAUCUCCAGUGAUCUGUAAAAUCUUAGAUACAGCAGAUGAAAAUGGACUUCUUUCUCUCCCCAACUAAAGGGUAACAAAGUUCAGGAAAUCACGAUGAUUGUCUGACCAUUGUCCUGUUACAGAGCUCUGAGUCACUGGACCUCAUAUAAAGCAUUGUAUAAAAGGACUCUCAACCACUUUGUGAAUAUAUAUGUGUAUAUAAGAGGUUAUUGAUAAACUUCUAAGGCAGACAUUUGUCUCACCUUUUUCACUUUUGUUGUGUCUUAGGAGCUGAUUGUGUGUCUUUCUUUGCUUGGAUAAUGUGAUUCCAAAAUAAAUCUUGUCCAAGCAAUUUAGAGUUCAUCCUAAUGAAAUGUCAUGUAAUUGUUGUACCUAUUGAAAGUGUUUAAAUAAUAGAUUUAUUAUGUAAAUUAUAUAUAGCUAGCGGAUAAUGAAGAAAGAAAUUGAUAGGAGGUUGUUUAAAUGAGAGACUGUUAAAUAUGUAUAAUUCUAGUGCCUGAAAUCCUUUCAGCAAAUUUUUAUUUAGCAACUGCUCUCUACCAGGUAUUAAACUAGAAGCUGGGCACACAGUGAAGCCUCAUGUGUACAUUUUCUUUUACUCCAUUAACUUCAAGAGACUCUUAUUGCAAUAGGUUGCUUCUCUUUCAGAACUUUUAUCUCUUUCUAUCUAUAUCAUAUCUCCUUGACAUGAGUGUGUUUUCCCCCCAAGUAUGUACCUGGUAUAGACAGUAAAUAAUUUUUACCUUUUGACUUAGAAUGAUUUAUCUUAACAAAGCAGACUAUGCCGGCUGUCCUUUGUCCUUGCCUCCUGUAUACUACAGAUUUUAGUUCUGGACAACUUUACGGCACAGUAUCUAUUUUAAACUGAAUAAACUGUCCACAGCAGUGUUGUCAUGUAGUCAAUGGCAGGUUAUUCAUUUUCUUUAUUUUCUCCAUUACUCCUCUUUCACACAUCAUCCUGUUAUAUUUUGGGCAUACAUGUCUAAAUAAGGACAGAAAAGCAGCUGUAAAAUUUUUUACUUUUCUUCCUUUUCAGCAGUCUGGUCAAAGAUAUUUUAGUUUGAGAAAAGAUGAAUACAGUUGACUGUUGGAAGGCUUUCUGUACGUUUUAGUAGUAGGAAGCAGCACACACAGUAAUAGCAUGUACUUUGAAUCCACACUUAGGUCCAGAUCUUCUCUUUGACUUACUAACUACGUGUUCUGGACAGAGCAGUUAACCAUUUCCAGCCUCGAUUCCUCUUUCGUGGAGAGACUGCUUAUUACUUCAUAAGGUGGCUUUAUCAGUGUAUUAAUUUUCUCUAUUUUUAAAAAGCCUAGCCCCAGUACUCAACACCAGGUUCCCAGUAAGUGUUGGUUUAUUUUCCUAAUACUUCCCUUGUCUCCUACUGACAUAAGAUCAGAGACCAAAGCCAUUAAAAUGUAUUUCUUUAAUAAAUUAUAAAAGUAUAUUUAUUAUAUCAAUUAAGACAAACAGAUUUACCUUCUCAUUUAUAUUAUAGGUAUAAGAGGAGAGAGUUAGAAUUGUGAAAGGUUAGUGUCAGAAAAACAUUUGGAGGAUAUUUAAGCCAAACUCUAUUUUGUAAGAGCAAGAGGAAAAAAAAUUCUGAAAAACUGUAUUGGAAUUGUUUACUACAGAAGAUUCUUAAAAAUGGAACUCAUAAUAAAAACUGUCAGUCUUCUG